GAAGAUGAUGUUCUGCCUUCUCCUGUGGUGGAACUUGAAAGUUCUGGCCCUCUCUUUGCUCCUGAAAACUACCACCUCCUUGAACCCGGAUGACCCCAACGUCUGCAGCCAUUGGGAAAGUUAUGCCGUGACCGUCCAAGAAUCGUAUGCGCAUCCCUUUGAUCAGAUCUAUUACACGAGAUGUACGGAUAUCCUGAACUGGUUCAAAUGCACCCGACACAGAAUAAGCUACAAAACGGCGUACCGGAGGGGGCUCAGGACGAUGUAUCGCCGACGGUCCCAGUGCUGCCCGGGAUAUUAUGAAAGCGGAGACUUUUGCAUCCCUCUUUGUACCGAAGAAUGUGUCCACGGAAGGUGCGUUUCCCCCGAUACUUGUCACUGUGAACCAGGAUGGGGUGGACCAGAUUGCUCCAGUGGCUGCGAUAGCGAGCACUGGGGACCCCACUGCAGCAACCGGUGCCAGUGCCAGAACGAGGCCCUCUGCAACCCCAUCACUGGCGCCUGCGUCUGCGCGACGGGCUACAAAGGAUGGCGCUGCGAGGACUUGUGUGACCAGGGGACUUAUGGGAAAAACUGCCAGCUGAAGUGCCAGUGCCACAACGGGGCAACCUGCGACCACAAGACUGGAGAGUGCUACUGUGCCCCCGGAUACACGGGCGUCUUCUGUGAAGAGCCUUGUCCUCCAGGAAGUCACGGAGCACAGUGCGAACUGCGAUGUCCGUGCCAGAAUGGUGGAACCUGUCACCACAUCUCUGGAGAGUGCGCCUGCCCCCCAGGAUGGAUGGGCUCUGUGUGUGCCCAGCCGUGCCCAGCGGGAACAUACGGCGUUAACUGCAGCCAGGAUUGCCCGUGUCACAACGGCGGGCAGUGUGAUCAUGUGACCGGGGCGUGCCUAUGCACUGCUGGCUACGUGGGAGAAAGGUGCCAAGAGGAGUGCCCCAUCGGGACCUUCGGCUUCCAGUGUACGCAGAAGUGUGAUUGUGAGAACAGGGCGAAGUGCUACCACAUCAACGGGGCCUGCCUGUGCGAUCCGGGCUUCAAAGGGAUUCAUUGCCAGGAGCGGAUGUGCCCGGAGGGAUUCUACGGCCUGAAAUGCAACAGGAGAUGUCCUUGCCACUCUGUCAACACUGCCAGCUGCCAUCCUCUGUCCGGGGAGUGCAACUGUAAAGCUGGCUGGGCUGGGCUCUACUGCAAUGAAACCUGCCCCCCAGGCUUCUACGGCGAAAGCUGCCAGCUUGCUUGCCGCUGCCAAAAUGGAGCCGACUGUGACAGCAUAACUGGGAAGUGUACCUGUGCCCCUGGAUACAUGGGAGAAGACUGUUCCAUCACUUGUGGGCCCGGGACCUACGGAAUCAGCUGCUCGUCGAUUUGUAGCUGCAAGAACGACGGGGCUUGCUCCCCAUUGGACGGCUCAUGCUUUUGUAGAGAAGGAUGGCAGGGAGCGGAUUGUUCCAUCCCGUGCCCCAGUGGCACUUGGGGCCUCAGCUGCAACCAGACGUGUUUCUGUGCUAACGGAGCAGCCUGCAACCCCGUGGAUGGAUUCUGCCUUUGUUCGCCUGGGUGGCAAGGAGAUUUCUGCGACCAGCCUUGCCCGGAGGGGACGUACGGCCUUAAUUGCAGCGAGCUCUGCGACUGCAGCCACGCGGAUGGGUGUGAUCCAGUCACGGGCCACUGUUGCUGCCUUGCCGGGUGGACAGGGAUCCACUGUGACAGCAUCUGCCCCCAGGGCCGCUGGGGGCCCAACUGCUCCAUCCCCUGCAACUGUGAGAAUGGCGGGUCCUGCUUCCCCGAGGACGGCACUUGCGAAUGUGCCCCUGGAUACCGAGGGCCCAUGUGCCAGAGAAUUUGCCCGCCUGGGUUCUACGGCCAUCACUGCAGCCAACCGUGCCCUCAGUGUAUCCACAGCAACGUCCCAUGCCAUUACGUUACCGGGGACUGUGACUGUCUGCAGUUUUUUGGCCCGCUCUGCAAACAAGUUUGUCCCAGCAGAAGAUACGGGAAGGACUGCGCUGAACUGUGUGUGUGCACCAACAACGGGACGUGUAACCCCGUCGACGGAUCGUGCCAGUGCUUCCCGGGCUGGAUAGGAAAAGACUGUUCACAGACUUGCCCAGUUGGCUUUUGGGGUGCUGACUGUUUUCAUGCCUGCAGUUGCCACAACAGUGCGACCUGCAGCCCCCACGAUGGCGAAUGUAGAUGCACCCCCGGCUGGACGGGACCUUAUUGUGCUCAAAGGUGCCCUCCUGCCUUUUAUGGUGCCAACUGUGCCAACGUCUGUCAGUGCCAGAACGGAGCGGACUGUGACCAUGUUACUGGGCAGUGCACCUGCCGGACUGGGUUUACUGGGAAGCAUUGUGAGCAAAAGUGUCCCCCGGGAACGUUCGGCUACGGCUGCCAGCAGUUGUGUGAAUGCAUGAACAACGCCACCUGCGACUACGUGACAGGAACCUGCUACUGCAGCCCGGGCUUCAAAGGCAUUCGGUGUGAUCAAGCGGCUCUCAUGAUGGAAGAAUUAAAUCCCUACACUAAAAUUAGCCCCGCGCUUGGAGCCGAGAGGCAUUCGGUCGGAGCAAUCAUCGGGAUUAUUCUCCUCCUCCUAAUUAUUAUGGUUCUGCUGGCCCUGUUUGUGUGGUAUCGACGGAAGCAGAAGGAGAAAGGGCACGACAUGCCCAGUGUCUCGUACACGCCCGGCAUGCGGAUGACGAACACCGAUUACUCACUUUCUGAUGUGUCUCAAGGUAGCGACGGUGUUCAGGAUGUUCACUGUUUUUCCAAUCCGAGCUACCACACUCUGUCAUGCGGGGUGACUUCGCGCUUCUUUUCCCCAAAUCAGAACGGGGACCUCUCCAGGAAGCUCAAUAACAAAAACCUUGACAGAGACCCUGAAGCUUGGACAGCCGACGGCUAUCUGAAUGGUCUAGGUGCUUGUGGGAUGAAUAGACGUCAGAACACAUACAUUAUGGAAAAAAGCUUCAAAGACUACAUGAAGGAAUCGGCCUGCAGCUCCAGCACUUGUUCCCUCAACAGCAGCGAAAACCCUUACGCCACCAUCAAAGACCCCCCCAUCAUGACUUGCAAACACUCCGAGGGCAGCUACGUGGAAAUGAAAUCCCCCUCCCAUCGGGACUCAUCCUUUUCGGACGCGCCGGCCUCGUCGACGGCCAACAAAAACAUUUACGAAGUUGAGCCCACCAUCAGCGUGCUCCACGAGGCCCGCGUUCGCACCACCGGCUACGUCCACAGCCCCUACGACCUGCCCCGCAACAGCCACAUCCCUUCUCAUUACGACAUCCUUCCGGCAAGACACAGCCCGACGCACGGGACGCUUUGGGAGAAACAGUCUUAGGACGCCGCCCCU